GCUCAAUAUUUGAUGCUUUUCCAAGAGCAGCAAAAAUGACCGAAACUGAUACUAUUUUACACACCAACGGCAUCGACACAAUAACAGAAGAGGAUGAAUGUAAUAAAACCCGUCCUGCUGAUAUCGAAGCGGACAUGCGAGAGAUGGAACGUCGCAAACGAGUGGAAGCCAUAAUGAAUUCUAGAUUAUUCCGCGAAGAGCUUGAACGGAUUGUUGAUGGUCAAAUGCGAGAAGGAGGAUCUUCCAAUAUUUUACAACAACUCAGUGACAUUAUGGGGAUGCCAGCCGCUCGUAUCGGAAGUGUUUUUAAAAGCUCUAACUGUGUUGUUCCGAUAAAUGACAUUCGUGGUGUUGAAGCAAUGGGAUAUGAGAAAGGAGAAAAAAUUCUGCGCUGUAAGCUUGCAGCCGCGUUCAGACUCAUGGAUUUGUAUGGUUGGGCCCAUGGUAUUGGCAGCCACAUAACGGCUCGUUUGAAUGCUGAUCAGGAAUUGUUUCUGGUCAAUCCAUUUGGUGUUCUCAAUCAUGAAAUUACUGCUUCCUCCGUGAACAAAGUGAACAUGCAAGGACAAGUUGUAGAACAAGGAACAACUAACUUUGGCAUCAAUACUAGUCAAUUUACGUUGCAUUCCGUAAUACACGCUGCAAGGCCCGACAUAAGAUGUGCAAUAUACGUUGGCUGUAACUCAGUUGUGGCAAUCUCGGCUUUGAAACAUGGUUUACUUCCACUGACUAAGGAUAGUGCUUUGCUCGGAGAAAUAUCCGCUCACACUUACACUGGAGCUCUUCAUGAACCAGAGGAAAAGGAUAAAUUGUUGAGAAGUCUUGGACCAGUAUCUAAAGUUUUAUUAUUAUCAAAUCACGGUGCAAUUUGCGGUGGAGAAACUGUAGAGGAAGCAUUUUAUACCGUCAUGCAUAUAGUGGCCGCAUGUGAAGCACAACUAAAACUACUGCCAGUCGGCCUUGAUAAUCUUAUUGUUAUUCCUGAAGAAACUCGUAAAGCUAUAUAUGACGCUUCAAGAAAGCCACCAGAAGGUGUUCCAGCAAUCUCUGCGGACAAUAAGGAGCGCUCGCAGCUGCCGAAAUGGAGAGUGGGUGGAGCUGAUUUUGAAGCCCUAAUGCGAAUGUUGGAUAAUGCCGGUUUUAGGACCGGUUACAUAUACAGAAAUCCUUUAGUCAAAAAUGAUCAUCCAAAACCUAAAAAUGACAUUGAAGUACCCCCUGCCGUAUCCUCAUUGGGAUAUCUAAUUGAGGAGGAGGAGCUAUUCAAACAAGGUAUAUGGAAGAAAGGUGAUUUCCGCAAGGGUGGCGAUCGUUCCAGGUGGCUGAAUUCACCGAACGUGUACCAAAAAGUUGAAGUUCUGGAAACGGGUACACCGGAUCCCAAAAAAAUCACUAAGUGGAUUGAUGCAAACAUUGAGGAGUGGGUAGCGGAAGCUUCUCCAACACAUUCAUCGACACCAGUAAAAAUAGAAGGUGCGUUACAGUUCGUUCCCCCCAAUACAAAUCCGAAAGAAUUUAAACGAAUCCAGCAGCAGAUUAAAGAUUAUCGACGAGCUGAUAAAAUAUCUGCUGGACCUCAAUCGCACAUCUUGGAGGGUGUGUCUUGGGAUGAAGCAAACCGGUUGAAAGAUGCAAAUGUUUCCGCAACUGGCGAUCACGUUGUACUCAUGGGAGCAGCUUCGAAGGGCAUUAUCCAGCGAGGCUAUCAACAUAACGCUACCGUUUAUAAGGCGCCUUAUGCAAAGAAUCCAUUCGACUCAGUUACUGAUGACGAACUGAAUGAAUACAAGAAAACUGUUGAAAAAAAGCGACAUGGUGAUUAUACCGACACAGAUUUUUCGGAAUCUGAAGCAUUGAGCUCUCUGCAAAUUUCAGAGACUAAGAAUAAAAAUCAACAAAUUUGUCCUCCAAGCAAUUCGGAACCAGAAGAUACAGUUGCUGACCAUCAGGUGCUGAGAAUAGAAACUAAGCAAGCUCCAAAGCCAAGUCAACCUGAAGUUGUUCUUAGUGAUGGCGAACAUGUGCAAAACGGAGAUCAUUCAGAUACACAUAUGAGUACUUUUUCACACAGCAGCAAAGAGGACGUGUCCACGGAAGGUUCUCCUAAGAAAGACAAAAAGAAAAAGAAAGGCUUACGUACCCCGUCAUUUCUGAAGAAAAAGAAGGAGAAGAAGCGAAUCGAGGCCUAAAAUAGCAGUAACUGCUCUCAGUGACAAUUUUUACUAGAGUUAAAAAUACAUCUUCUUCUUGAAACAUACAAACGAAACACGACAAAUAUACUGGAAAGAACCCCUAUACGGAUGUAAAGAAAAAUAAUAAUUAUUAUUAUGUCACAUUGAGAUAAAGCGAUAUUCCUAUUAUAGCGAUAAUCACUAUUUUUUUGCGCAGGCACAACAAAAUAUUUCUGCAGUGUUAGGUUAUUUUAACAAUACACAAACAUCAGUUGAAAAUUUACCAUAGAUGUAGAUUUGAUUCUUGAUAUAAAUUAUCAUUGUCAUGGUGUUUUUCGUAACAUUGUAGUGAUUUUCUUGGAAAACGAAAACGAAAUAUUUCUUAAUUUUUCGAACACAAGAGCGUACAAAUAGAAUCAAGAUAAUUAAUUAAAAAAGUAAAGCUGGUGCGGCAAUCAUAUUGUAAAUGACUAUGGUUGAUUUAAGUAACUCCAUGCAACAUGUUACAAUCCAGUGGCUAUUGCUAUGUUCACACGAUGGACUUGAAACGGCUUCAUGACAUUUAGCUUGUUUUAACUACGUUGUGUGAACACAGUAUUAAAUGCUUGUCAUUGUAGUUCCCAAAGCUCAUGUGUGAAAGGAAAAAUCACGCUUGUUACCAAUGCUUAUUCUCAAUUGCGUCUCACAAUUGCUGUUUUCGAAAAUCCGCGUCUUAAAUAAACAAUGUUUAAACAAGAGAUAACUGCGUUUAUUGCAAAUUCACGUAUCCUAUGUGAGAGGAAAUGAGCAGUUUGUUUUUACGAAACAUUUGCUAAACAAAAAGAUCUUUCAGAACCCAUUCAAACCAGGCAAUGCAUAGCAUUUUUAUAGGUAAAAAAUAUAGAUAAUGCCCUUUGGCGAACAACCACAGAGGUUAAAGCCGAGGCAAGAGAAACGAUAUAAAAAAAUAUAUGUAAAAUGCUAAAUCCUUUCUAUUCAACUUAUAGGCAUCAUGAAGUGUUCACAUAACGGAAACUCAAUAAAUAAAAAAGUAUUUCA